GCCAUUCUGCAAGCUCAAAUUUGCCAGUCAAAUUCCCGCGAAACAAAGCUCCUUAAUGCCAAAGGUGAACACCAAAAGACACGAUGUCCGAGUGUUAUCCACAGCAAAACUCGCCCGGUGCUUCAUGCGGAGCUGACAAGCUAGUCUGCAUCACUCUCGAGGAGCUGCUGCAAAGAAAUCCUCAAGCAAGAAUGAGUGAUCUGCCUACUGGUACUCGAGUUCUUGUUAACGCCCAAUAUUGGGUUACGGUUGGCAAAGACAGUCCUCAGGGGGAAAGCGGAGUUGGGACACAACAAAACAUCAAGAAAAUGGAAAAAACCCCACCUGACGGCAAGGAUUCUGAGAGGAUCACUGAAAUCAAACGGUUACAGGAAGAGAGGGCAGCAGUAGAAGCUUGCCUCCUUAUAGUGCGGAAGGCAGAAAAUAUGCUGUCCGAGGGCAGCCGGGUAACCGACGACGAAUGGCAGAUGGCAUAAAUGGGAUAAUAUCUCAGGCAAUUAUCAUUGUUAUUAUCAAGUUUAACAUCCAUGUCUAGCCUAUAAGCUACGGCAGGCUCGUCUCGGGUAAUAAAAGGAUGUACGCAGAGUAGUUAAUUCCACUCAAUUGUGGAUUUGUCAAUUGUUUGUUUGACAGUAUUUUGCGGGUCAUUUAGAUAGGCAGGCAUGACAACAUUCAUAUCUCUUAACAAAGUGGCAAUUUUAUCAUCCUAGAA